AUGGGCGGCUGCUGCGAGAAGAGCAGGGGCACAGCGGCGGUGAGGGUGGGCUGGGACGAGCUCGGAGGCGCGGAGCUUGAGCCUGUGCUCCUGUCUGGCGCAAUCGCGCUGCUCGACGCGCAUUGGCUGAUUCGCCUCGCUGGGGCAGGCGGCGUGCCUCAUCCGCGUCAGUGCCUGCCUCCCGAGGCAUUCUUGUCUGCCGAUGAGGUUGCGACCUCAGCGAUCCGCGGCCUGCCCAUUGUGUGCGUGUCUCACGCCUGGUGCACGCCGCACCACCCAGACCCAGACGGGGAGAGCCUGCGCGCCUUGGCCCGCACGCUCAAGCUGCUGGAGGCGCAGUCUUCGCAGCACUGCUCCCCGUGCCGGCACGCGGUCUUUUACGACUUUUGCAGCCUACACCAGCG